ACUCAGUGACACUUCCGCAUCGCCAGUUUUCAACCCACCGCUGCGUUUUAUGUUUUACGGAGCUUGGCGCUGUUUAUUGUGAGAUUAAAGAGUUAUUUACAGGUUUAAAGGUCUAAUUACAGACAACCACUAGUCUGCUGUCGAAAAGUGAGAUGCAGGCUAUAAGAAAUUUCUUCGGGCGGACUUCCUGGUCCUCUGCUGAGAGACUGGAUGACAAAACUGUGGUGAUCACUGGUGCUAACACUGGCAUUGGCAAAGAGACAGCCAUCGACCUGGCCAAGAGAGGGGCAAAGGUCAUCAUGGCGUGCCGGGACAUGGAGAGAGCACAGGCCGCUGUGAAAGAAGUCGUUGAAAGCUCGGGCAACGAAAACAUUGUCUGCAUGAAACUUGACUUGUCAGAUAGCAAGUCCAUUAGAGAAUUCGCUGAAGCCAUCAACAAAGCAGAGCCCAAACUCAACAUCCUCAUCAACAAUGCUGGUGUAAUGGUUUGUCCUUAUGGGAAAACAGCAGAUGGCUUUGAGAUGCAGAUCGGUGUCAAUCACAUGGGUCACUUCCUGCUGACACAUUUGUUGAUUGACCUGAUUAAGAGAUCAGCACCAGCCAGGAUUAUCAAUGUGUCUUCCAUGGCUCAUUCCUGGGGCUCCAUCAACCUGGAGGACAUCAACAGCGAGAAAAGUUACGACAAGAAGGCAGCCUACUCUCAGAGCAAACUAGCCAACAUCCUCUUCACCCGCUCAUUGGCUAAGAGGCUAGAAGGCACAGGUGUGACAACAUAUUCUCUUCACCCUGGAGUCGUCCAGACAGAUUUAUGGCGUCAUCUGAAUGGCCUUCAACAGGCUGUCAUGAAGAUGGUCAGUCCUUUCACCAAAAGCUCUGCCCAGGGAGCUCAGACAUCCAUUUACUGCGCAGUGGAACCUUCACUGGAGAAAGAGAGCGGUGGAUACUACAGCGACUGUGCUCCUGCAGAAUGCUCAGCGGCGGGCAAAGACGACAACGUGGCGCAGAAGUUGUGGGAGCUGAGCUGUCAGCUGCUGUCGAUAACAUGGGAAUGAGGAAAUCCUUCAGUUCACAUUCUGUUUCUGUACUAACUGGUGCAAUAUAUCUCAUGUCAUUAAUACCGCCUGCCAAGAAAUAAUGUUCAAAACAUUGUCUUAGGAAUGUGUUUUUUUACAGUUACAUAUUUUUUGUUCUUGUUACAAUCUAUAAUACAGUAUUUGCACAAAAUGGCGAUGUUUCUAAUUAAGAAAAAAAAAAUAAUUGUGUAACAAUUAUGAUUUAUAGAAAUUAUUACAAUCUUUAAUACUUUAAUAAUUAUAAAAUAAAAUGUCAGACUGUGGGGUUGUGUACAUGUUGUAUGUUUCAAACGUUUUUCUGUAUUUUCUAACAUUAAACAGAAGCGUUACACUCCA